CAGGGAUGCCCUUUCUCUCUCUUACCUGACCUCAGCAGGGAGCUUCGGGUGCUCAGUUCAAUUCUGGAGGCUUUCAGAAAGAAGAGACCCAUCGAGCAGCCUCACAGCGCUUAAGAGACCACACCAUGUCCUGCCCCUGGGCUGGGAUCCUGCUCCUCGCCCUGCAGGUGGCUGCUUCCCAAGAGCAGCUGUGGCUGCAGCAAAGCCCAGGAGAGAUCUGGACGACCCCAGGACAGGCUGCGGAGCUGAACUGCACUGUUUCAUACCGGCGAUCAUCCGUAUACUGGUAUAAAGAGAGUCAGGAUGGCAGUCUGCAGUGGGUUGCUGAGACUGGUAAGCAUGGAUCCGCAGAAGGAAGAUACUUGAGUCAAGUGAGCAGCUCAGGGAAAAUGUUCUCUCUAGUCAUCAACAAGCUGCAGGAGGAGGAUUCUGGGGUUUAUUACUGUACCCUCGAUGUCUCUACACAUGCUGACUUCGGGAAUGGGACCAGGCUGAUCGUCUCUGACACCCCCCAGCCCAGCCUUGCCAUCCUAGUGCCUUCCCCCACAGAGGAGGCCGAGCUCCCAGACCCUGUCCCCCUGCUCUGCCUGCUCUCUCCGCAUGCUGGGGACUGGGGGGCAGCUCUCUGGGAUGCCAGGGAGGAGUCUCCAGGGAAAGCAGAUGCAGGAGCCCAGGACAGGGCUGGCAGGUGGAGCCUGAAGAAGGUCCCCAGGCAGAAGUGGAUCGCAGGGACACACAGCACCUGCACCGCCAGAGAGGAGGAAACCGGGAGAAACAUCAGCACUGCUGUGGCCAAGGGCAUGGGUUCUGCAUCACGGGGGCCCUGCUGGGUCACACACUGGGUGGGGCUGCCCUGUGUCUGCCUCCUCCUGCUGAUCCAGGGCCUGAUCCUGCUCUCCAUGAAGUGCCCCACAAAGGGACAGCAGCAGCACCAGGGAGUGACGUGUGCGCAAGGCAGAGCUCAGAGAUGGAAUAUGCAGCUGUGAGCCACCGUGGCAGAAAUGCUCCCACUUCACUGAUGUGUUCACAUGUUUACCCUUAAAAUAAAGAGUGUGGGGACAUGCAUUUGCAUGAGGGAGAGGCACAU